AUGCCCCAUUGCGGGGAGACGGUAGGGAUUCAGGGUCUCAACACGGGUCCUUACCCAGCCUUGAUCCCAGUCAGUAAUAGCACGUUCCUUCGUCGGUACUACGAAAGACGAACGAAUUGCCGGGUUAUCGCUAAAGCCUAUGUGAAAGUUGUUGAGCCGCGCAAACAAGUUCAAUAUCCUUACAACGGACGCAAGACUGGCGGGCAUAACACAGCAAAUGAGCCCCGAAGAAACCAAGCCACCGUGGUGGCCACCUGGGAGCGCAUCGCACUUCUUGUCCACAUUCUUUGCGAACUGCGUCUCAGUCACGGAAUAACAGCACAAAAAUUGAAGCUCGCAGAGCAACCCACUAGACGGCUCAUUAGUCCGAUGGAACGAUCACUACUUUUGGACGAGUUGUACGCCGUUAGGGACGCGGAGGAAAAGUUUCUAGAGAGCUUAACUGGUAGGUCCCUGCAACUGACCGUAUAA